AGGAGACAGCAGUAGAGAUCAGUAACACUCUGUUUAGCAGGAUGAAGAAGAAGCUGAUCCUUGAUGCGGACAUAGGGGUGGAUGAUGCUCAGGCCCUCAUGGUGGCCCUCGCGGCCCCUGAUGUGGAGAUUUUGGGAAUCAUCUGUUGCUUUGGCAACACACCCCUGGAGAACGUUCUUAAGAACACACUGCGUGUCCUGAAAGUCUGCAACAGGCUGGAUAUCCCAGUGUACCGCGGAUGUUCAGGGCCACUGCUUGGUCAAAAACGCCACGCUGCAGAUUACCACGGGAAGGACGGGCUGGGUGACGUCCCAGAUCCAGAUGCUCCAGGCCUGGAGCUGCUGCAGAAGAAACGAGGCGUGCCAGCCAUGAUCAAGCUCGUCAACCAAAACCCUGGAGAGGUGAGUCUGGUUGCUGUUGCGCCCCUCACUAACCUGGCUGUCGCUGUCCAACUGGACCCUUCCUUUCCCCAGAAGCUGAAGGCGCUCUACAUCAUGGGAGGAAACACUGACUCCAGGGGUAACACCACAGAGUGUGGAGAGUUUAACUUUGUGGCUGACCCUGAAGCUGCCUUCAUUGUGUUGGACCGCUACACCUGUCCCACCUACAUCGCCACCUGGGAGUUCAGCUGCAGGAACAGCCUGCCAUGGUCUUUCUGUGACUGCUGGCUGGACCAAAAAACUGAGAAGGCUGCCUUUAUGAGGAAGAUUACAGCCUUCUCCAUGAAGAAAGCUCAGUCAGCAGAUUAUCAAAAGGAGAUCACAGAAGGAAAAGGGUUCAAUUCCUGUGACACCUACGCCAUGGCCGCCGCCGUCGAUGACACACUCAUAACAGAGAGUGAAGAGGUUGCAGUGACAGUGGAGCUGAAUGGAGCCUACACGCGAGGCAUGAUGGUGCUGGACUACAUGGACCUGCAGAAGAAGAAACACAAGGCUUUGAUCAUGAAGAAAGUUGACCUGGAGAAGUUCAAGCAAAUGUUCAUGAAUUCCCUGAAGUAGAAUGACAUACUGUAACAAGCUGAAACAUGAAGUCUGUUCACCAUAACAAAUAAGGCAAAUGAGAACAAAGCA